CACAAAUUUGUUCUGUUUAGUUAAAUAAUUGUGCGUGUAUGCGAGAAGAAAGAUGAUACCUCCCACAUGUAUAUCGAUUUUAUCGUUGGUAUGCUCGAUAAUUAUUGGCAUCGAGGGUGGAAUCCUCUAUCCAAGGGCAUCAAAAACGAGAGACCUUCAGUAUUUGGAUGGAUUGUGGCAUUUUUCUUUAAAUGCCAGUGCCUCUAGCCAGGAACUUUCAGGCAAUCCUAAUGACAAAGACAUUUAUUUAAUGCCAGUACCGUCGAGCUAUAACGAUAUUCUUACCAGCAGUGAAGGCAGAGAUCACCUAGGGCCGGUAGUGUACCAAAAAAGGUUUUUUUCGCCAAGCACUUGGACAAGAGAAAAAAGAAGAAUUUGGUUAAGGUUUGGUUCUGUGUGUUAUUCUGCAAAAGUUUAUAUUAACGAAAAAUUUGCGUUUGAUCACUCAAUUGGCCAUCUACCAUUUGCUGGGGAAAUAACCGGUUUGGUGAAUGAUGACGAAAAUACAAUCAAAAUUAUUGUAGACAACACACUUACAUCAACAACGAUUCCUCAAGGAUCGGUUACUACAUUACCAGGUGGAAGAAAAGCUCAAACAUACUCCUUUGAUUUUUUUAACUACGCGGGAAUUGAUAGGCCCAUAGCUCUGUAUACUACACCCUUAACAUACAUUGAUGACUUAACGAUACACACUUCAGUUCAGGAUACAACAGGUAUUAUCUCUUACAAAAUAGACCUAAAUAAAGACGAAAAUAGUAAAAAUGCUACGAGGUACAAAGUCACAGUCUUAGAUAAAAAUAAUAAUAAAGUUGGUGAAAAUGUGGAAGCUAGUGGCAACAUAUUAGUCCCAGAUGCACAUCUUUGGUGGCCGUACCUAAUGAAUGAGGAUCCUGGUUACUGUUAUAGGUUAAAAGUAGAAAUUUUUGAUUCUUCAAAUACAUUAAUAGACAGUUACAUUCAACAUUUUGGCAUACGGGAACUAUUUUGGAACAGCACCUCCGUCACUAUAAACGGAAAACCCAUUUAUAUUAGAGGAUUUGGACGCCAUGAAGAUUCUGAUAUUCGUGGUAAGGGUUUUGAUCUACCUCUGAUCAUAAGAGACCAUAACUUGAUGCGAUGGAUUGGGGCUAACGCGUACAGAACGUCACAUUACCCCUACGCUGAAGAAAUUAUGGAUUUGGCAGACGAAUUAGGAAUCAUGAUAAUUGAUGAAACGCCUGCAGUUAGCAUCGACAACAUCAGUGAUUUACUAUUGGAAAAUCAUAAACGAUCAAUCACAGAACUUUAUAAUAGAGAUAAAAAUAGACCAGGAGUGAUUAUAUGGUCUCUCGCAAAUGAGCCAAGAUCUCAAACGAAUACUUCGGGUGGUUAUUACAAAUCAAUUGUGGAUCAUAUGAAAUCUUUAGACAAAACAAGACCUGUAACAAUAGUGGACAUGUAUAGAAAUUGGGAAGAUCAGUCAGAACAAUUUGUCGAUAUAAUUUUCUUCAAUCGUUACAACGCAUGGUAUUUGAAUCCUGGUGCAUUAGAUACAGUAGUGACUGAACUUGUACAAGAAGGUGAACACUGGCAUGAACUACAUAACAAGCCAGUAGUAGUAUCGGAAUAUGGUGGCGAUACAAUGGAGGGCCUUCAUUAUUUGCCAACAUAUAUUUGGUCAGAAGAAUUCCAAGCUAAACUAUUGAGCGAACAUUUUAAAGCAUUCGAUCAAAUGAGGAAUAAGGGGUGGUUCAUAGGGGAGAUGAUAUGGAACUUUGCAGAUUUUAAGACUGCUCAAUCUUAUACAAGGGUUGGAGGUAACAAGAAAGGAAUUUUUACAAGACAACGACAACCGAAAGAAGCUGCACAUUUGGUAAGGCGCAGAUAUUGGGCUCUCGCUAAGAAACUGGAUAACGCAACGGUUCCUUCAGAUUUGGAAGAGUAUUUUGUAGAUAAUUAAAAAAUGUUAAUAUGUAAAUAAAUUAUUUAAAUAUU